UGUGCAGGGAUGAUACGGGACUGAGUUAUUGAUGCUUUUGGUGCCUGUCCCCGCUCUGCGACGUGCGUAGGGCUUAACAGUCUACGGUCCCGGACAGAGAGAGUUUGACGCGUUGAGAAUGGCAUCGCUUGUUCUGAAAACAUUAUCCAUUUUCCUGGGGCUCUUUUUUAUUUUCGUCGGCUUAACAAAAAUAACACCUAAGAUCAACGCAGAGCUGCACAGGGAGUUGAAGCGAGAGUUUGUUAAAUACUCAAAAGUGAUACCAUUUUUGAAAUUCUACAACAUCAAGAUACACAGCAAGCAGUACCGCAGCUUCGUUGGUGGCCUGGAAAUAUCAUGUGGGACCUGUCUGGCAUUUAUUCCCUUUAAGCGCAUGAAGCAAACGGCCAACUGCCUGCUCCUGCUGAUGAUGCUGCUUACCAUGUACACCCACUACGCGGUGGGCGACCGGUUCGAGCGGACGGCACCGUCGCUGGUGUUCCUGUUCAUGCUGGUCUGCCGGCUGAUCGUCGACUACCAGGUGCACCGCCCGCAGCGCGCCGGCGCCGCCGCCAAGUCGGCUCCCGCCGCCGACGCGCCGGCCAGCGACGCCAAGACGAUGAAGACCGAGUGACGGCCGGCCGGGCAGGGCGGCGCAUCGCCGCCCGGCAGGCACUGGCCGGCUUGUGGCGCCCGCACUGGCGCGUGGCGUCCCUGUUUGCGUUCAGAUUCUCCUUGUUCUGUGAUUUGCCAACUAGUCGCCGCGGGUUGGGCGAGUAGUUUAGUUGCCGCGUGGAGGUGGUGUGCCACUCGCGCUCUGUUUGCUCAGUGCAUGCGUUAUUCGGUGCAGCAGCGUCUGCUGUGUAGGUGUUCUGUUCGUGGUUGGAAACCUCCUAACACCAGAGGAUCUUUUUAUACUUGGAUGUCAAAGUUCCGUUCAUUUUAUACUUAAGUGGUGGAGCUUCGAGAAGCGGCACAUCGCGCGCUAUUUUAGCAGUACACUAAGUUGGCGCAUUUGGCGACGCCAGCAAUGCUCAGCUAAGAACAGUGUAAUGCACGUGCAUUGGUAUCGGUCGUUCUUUCGUUCGUUCGUUCGUUCGUUCGUUCGUUCGUUCGUUCGUUCGUUCGUUCGUGCGUUCGUUCGUUCGUUCGUUCGUUCGUUCGUUCGUUCGUUCUUUUGUUCGUUCGUUCGUGGGCAAGGGGUCUGCACUACCAGUACUGGCGUGGCGGGACCUGGAAAUCGAUCCGCCAUCGGCAGUCAACAUCAACUAGAUGUUAGCCACGACGCUUGGUUGGUUCUGCAUAGGUGUGUCAAGUUGAUGUUCAAAGCCACGACAAUCACUUGCUACAUCUCGUGGAUAUCUUCAGUCAUGUCGCUCUGCGUUCCUGUGGUUGUGUCACGGCAGCUAGGCAUCUUUAUGCAGUUUGUCACCGCUAACAAAUUGUGGGUUUUAGGUUUCUCGUAUGUUACAGGUUUUUGUGUUUUUUGUUUCUGUCCCAAUACUGCUGCAUUUCGCCGAAGAGAACGUGUGCGGUAAGCGAAUUCUGCUUGGGUUUUAGACAAGGAAAAGGGGCAACACGGGUUUUAAAUAAGCUAUGAAUUCCUACGGACCAAUCCACGGGGGUACAUCGAAUCAUACGACGAUGCGUUCUCCUUUCGUGGCAGCACUUUAAGUGGUGUGUAGUAUUAUGUAUCUGUAGCCCUUUCAUUGCCUCAGGUAUAGCAAUUGUCAAUCGCCUAUUUAACAUAACCUAAGUUGUGCGGUCGAUUUAUCUGGAUUUGUUUGAAAGCCGGUGGCACGAAAUUGCUCUUAACAUCAGGUCAGUGGCCAAUAGUUGUGUUUCAUGUGCACAGCCAUCCCUGUCUGCUGGACGCUCGCGAUCCGAGAAUGCUCACGUGGAACUCGCGAACUGCACAUGCGGCAUGGACCGCCGCAUGCUGGCGUGGGUAGUCGUAAAAUUUGCCAAGUGUAUGGUCUAGUCAGUUCGUUGCAGACGGUAUUGAUGUUUCAUCGCACCCAUGCGGUGCCUACUCACGUGUCGCACCGUUUGGAUCGAUCUCUUCGUGCCCGUGAAAGGUCAUUUAAUUUCGCGUGAAAGCCUGCGCCGCGUCCUGGGGCAGCGGCCGAUGUCACGUUUUGCACCCUGGAUGUUUGUCGGAACGCACCAGCAAUAAAGCGGUUUCGUCGU